AUGACUGAGAAUGAUUUUCAAAAUAAAACUGUAUGUGUAACAGGUGCUGGACAAGGUAUUGGUAAAUCAUUAGCUUUACGACUUGCUCAACUUGGUGCUAAAGUAAUUGCUGUUAGUAAAACUGAUGAAAAUUUGAAACAACUUGUUGCACAAAAUAAUAAUAUUAUUCCAGUAUGUGUUGAUUUAAGUGAUUGGAAAGCAACGAAAGAAGCUAUUAAACCACAUCUUCCAAUUCAAUUAUUAGUAAAUAAUGCUGCUAUUACUAUUCUUGAUUCAUUUCUAGAAGUUAAACCAGAAGAUUUCGAUAGGUAUGUAUAUGAAAAACAAAAAUUA